UCCUAUUACCCUAACUCUACUGAACGGAAAAGUCAUAUUCAGAUUGUUCAUUUGCUAUCUAAGAGCUACAGCGUGCGGUUGUGCGGAAAUAGCAAACUUUUCAUUAGAUCUGGCCAGAGGGAAACGGCACUCUCCCAACUGCUUCAAGAUGAAGAAAUUAGCUUUGUAUUUUCUAUUAACACUUUCAGCCGCUUACGCGGCGGAUUCUGAUAUCACCAAGUUCAUGAAACAUUUAGGGGUCAUACCCGAUGUAAUCAGUGAAGGGCCAGACGAAUAUUUAACAAUUUUCUAUGCAAAUAAUAUCAAAGCCGACAAAGGAGUUGAACUGACGCCAACGCAGGUGAAAGACCAGCCGUCCGUGAAAUGGAAAGCAGAACAAGGAAGUUUCUACACCCUCGCCAUGGUUGACCCAGAUGCCCCUAGUCGCAAAGACCCUAAGAUGAGGGAAUGGCAGCAUUGGUUGGUGGGCAACAUCCCUGCAAAUGAAAUACAAAAGGGUCAAGUGCUGAGUGAAUACAUAGGGGCAGGUCCCCCAAAGGGCACAGGUGAACACAGGUACGUGUUUCUUGUCUAUAAGCAGCCUUCCGGCAAAAUAUCAUUCACCGAACCCAAGCUCAGUAACAAAAGUGGCAAAAAUCGUGGCAAGUUCUCCAUCAAAAAGUUCGCCGAUAAGUACGAGCUUGGCAAGCCAAUAGCCGGUAACUUCUUCCAAGCACAGUGGGACGAUUACGUUCCCAAACUCUAUGCCCAGUUGGAUGCCAAUUAACAUUUGCUGAUCUCAAUUUACAUAUUACGUGUGUGUAUGUACAAAAAAAAUGGUUGUAACAUUUAACAUAUUAUUUAAUAAAAUA